AUGGAUGGCUUGCAAUUGCCAGAUGAUGAGGUAGGUGAAGUACCUUCGAUGUUUAUAGCUCGUAUUGUGCCGCCAUCAGGUACAGAUACCACAGUGUUCGCCACCUUGCUUGAGCAAUAUGUGCAUCGCGAGGCUGCUGCCAUCGCUGGGUCUCAUACUACCAGUGGCUAUAUUUGGGAUCGCGAAUCACCUACAGUUCAGCUCGAUGAUGAAGAUCCUAGCAUCGUAACACUGUCUAUGCGUGUGCAAGAUUGCAUUGAUGAUGAAUGGUUCCUUACUUACCUUCUUCGUGGUUUUACCCACACCCAUGACGCUUGUAUCUCUGUGCGCGAUGAGGAUGGCGAAUUCCUUCUUAUUGAGGCGUCAGAUGAACUGCCUACAUGGGUUACCCCUGACAAUGCGGACAACCGCGUAUGGAUCUACCAAGGCGAAUUGCAUCUCAUACCACUCACUGCAGCACCAUCGGAUACCACACUGUCUGUAAGCGACGCACUGCGCCUUAUUCGUGACGAGUCUGUCACCACCCGAGUUUCAGGACCAGUGCAACAAAGAGCCUUUAGCCGCUUGGAUGCAUACCCACAGGCUGCUGCGGAUCAUCAUCAUACUACCUUGGCUUUCGUUCCCAUUUCUGUGGCUAAAGUGCUUACCACCUUUCCACAACGAAUCGCAGAUGCUGUGCACGCACUUACCACACGCGACCCUGUCAGUGUACGCAGCGCUCAAAAGCCUACGUUUUUUGGCGUGGAAGGCAUGGCCGAUCAGGAUAUGAAUGCAUUGCCUGCCACGGACGUGGUACUGACACCUAUUCGAUGCACGCGGCACUUGUAUGCACAGCUUUCGUUCGAUCGUUACUUUCCUCCUUCGGCGUUCGGCAAGCGUUGGCAAAGGUAUGUGGAAAUGUACCGCAUUGCUAUGGCUGGCAAAGCUACGUUGUCAGAGAAGCAGCUUGCAUGGGGCCGAUGGUGUGAUAUCGGAGCCAAAAUUGCUGGCGGCUUGGAAAUGUGGCUGCAUAAUUUAGGCGCUUCGGCGGCGUCGAUGCCUUCCCGACCAGGGUCUCAUAUCAUACCUUCUGACAAAAAAGAGGCUUUUCUUCAUGCUCUUACCAAGCUCGGGUACUUUGGUAAGGAAAUUCGGGAUAGUGCGCGGUGGAAAGUGCUGGAAGAGAGAGCGCUCACGAAGGCAGCACAACUUUCUUCAUCCCUUCGCACUGAAUCGAUCGAGACACCGACCUUCUCGACGGUCAAGCAGGUUUUACGUGAGCCAGCAAACGAAAACAUUGUUACGUUGCUUCCUACGAGCGAACUUGCAUCGUUGCAAUCACAGGAAGAUUCUGAUGCAUGGCUAAAUGUGGCUCCUGAUGACAUUGAAGCGAUGUUUGCUCGUCAUGCUCCCCAAGAGGCGGAAGAGGCGACCAUGGAUAAGUUUCAAGCGUUUAUGACAAGAAUGCAGUCGUUUAUUGAUGGACAGGGUGAUGUAGAAGGUGCACUCUUUGAGGAUGAAGAUUUUGAGGAUGGAGAAGAAGCGGAUGCGGACUUGACAGACUCGGAUGCGUCCGGCGAAACUAGGCAACAACGUAUGGAUUCGCUCGUGGAAGGCGUACCUCUCAGUGAAUGGGGCGCAGAGAAUGCGUCCAAGGCAUCUAUUCCGUCAGAUCUUCCGCCAAAGCAUGAGACUCUUCCCAAAACCGCGCAUCCACCGACUUCUUCCUUUUCUUCACGCCAGCGACUUCGUGGCUUAUCUACACUGGACAGAAUGGAUGGCGAUAGCGACUCCGACCCUGAGUCAUUGCAUGGGGAUGAAGACGAUGCUGCUGACGAACGAGCGGAGAGACAUCGUUUCCUUGAACUGGAAGAUGAUGAUAUGCAAAGCGAGAUGAACGAGGAGGGCGAUGGGAUCCAGAUGGACCAAGAAAUGGACGACUUUCUGGAAUUCACGCGGCGGACUCUGGGACUGUCCGAGUCACAGUAUGCCGCUAUUUUGGAAGAACGAGAGAAGCGUGGAGCCUUUGUCCCCUCGUCCCAUGCGCAUGCCAAGCCACAAACAUCUUCAAAGAGCCAAGUUCCAUUGGACUCCUUUGAUGCCGUGUUGGAUGCUAUGGAAAAAGAGCUCAUGAAAGAGCGGGCUAAAAACACUGAGCCUAAAGACCCAACUGAUAUGGAAGAAGGCUCUGAUGAAGAGCUGAACGAGGAAGAGCAAGAGCUAUUGCAACAGCUCUUAGCCUCGGGCGGCUUCUUGCCUGAGAGUCUUCGCCACUUUGCGCAAGACAGUGGCGCAUCCAGCAUGGAAGUGGAUGCCCUCAGUCAUUUUCUGGAAAGUUUCAAGGCACAGGAAGGUCGCCCAGGACCAGUAGGCACUCUCAGUGCACGUCUGGGCGUGGGAGCCUUACCGCGCGAUGCCGAGCCCCCUGAUGAGGCCUAA